AUGCUCUUCUUUACCGUCUCCAUUGGCUUGGCUAUUCUUUUAGUCAUCCUGGUCGUGCUGAAGCACAUUUAUCGUUAUGUGUCCGACCCGAAGGGGCUUCGACGAUUCCCAGGGAUGACGUUCUUUGCUCUAUUCACGAAUAUCCCAUGCAUGCUCUAUUCCACUGAAGGUCGGCGAUUUAUGGCAAUUCAUGACGCCCACCAACGACUGGGACCUAUAGUCCGCGUCGGACCGAACUCCGUGUCCUUCAAUGACGUAGCUGCUGUCAAAGACAUAUAUGGUCAUGGAUCACCUGUUCGGAAAGGCGAGUUCUAUGAUACACUCGCCGGAAGUCAUCGCCAUCUUGCUGAUGUCUCCGACCGAGACGAGCAUUCCCGCAAAAGAAGGGUUCUGGCGGGUGCCUAUUCUCAAGCAGCUCUAGAGAACUGGGAGCACAUCGUGGCCGAGAGAACUGCUGCACUUGUCAAGCAAUACGAUCGUCUCUGCCUUGAAACCCAUUAUCAUGCGACUCUUCAUGCGAGCCCGGGAAUGGAGGGCGCCUCUCGAAAGGGAUACAUCAACCAUCGCCAUUGGAUGAUCCUCUUCGCGCAGGACGCAAUCGCCCAGAUUGGUCUGACUGCCGAUUUAAAGAUGCUCGAAACUGGGAACUAUAUCGUUACAAUCAGAGACCUCAAUGGCAAGCUAGACACAUUCAGCUACCGUGAAGCUCUUUGGCGAUCACAUCUUAUCCAAAACAGACUCGUCUGGUCACCAGCCUGGUUCAAAUGGCUUACAUAUGUGACCGGUUGGCAUCCGUAUUGGGCAGACCACAAUAGAUAUACCAAUUUAUGUGUGUAUCUCGUUCAGCAACAGCUGAAGCGCUACCUAGCCGGCGAAAAAAUCGAUGAUCCUCUCAGGUAUAUCUUUGAGGAUAAAUACGGCAACUCCAACAAUUACCCUAUCGGUGAGAUGGUUGCAGAAACCAGUAUCAUGUUAAAUGCUGGCUCAGAUACGACGGGGAUUGCGUUAACAAAUGUUCUGUAUUGGCUCCUAAAGAAUCCAACUUGCCUCGCCAAGUUACGCGCCGAGAUUGACUCCGUCCUGGACGAGGAUGAAGCUGUUGUGCCAUAUGAUAAAAUCAAACACUUACCUUACUUGCGGGCAUGCCUUGAUGAGAGUCUGCGGCUUACUCCGCCCAAUACUAUGAGCGUGAAUCGACUUACACCUCCAGAGGGUAUGUCAAUCAUGGGUCACUUGAUCGCAGGAAAUACAACGGUACAUGCACCGCCGUACGCCAUGCACAGGAACGCAGAUGUCUUCCCAGAUCCCGAGUCCUUCGACCCAGAAAGAUGGGUUGGAGAGAAGGCGAAAGCCCUUCAGCCGUACUUUAUUACCUUCAGUGCGGGUGCAAGGGGCUGCAUCGGACGAAACAUUACAUAUCUAGAGCAGACUGUAGCAUUGGCAAGCAUGAUAAAUCGCUAUGAAUUUGAACUGCCCAGUAAUGACUGGGUCCUUUCGCAAAAGGAGGCAUUUACAUGUUCACCCGGGGAUAUGCCUGUCCGGAUUCGCAUGAGGCGACUGUGA